AUGGCCGACUGGAGCACGCGUUACCUCGCGGCUCUCGAUGCCUGCGACAGACGUGAAUCAACACACAAAACAUACAUCGAUGCCNNUGUGUGUAUCCACUUUCCUCCUUCACCUCUGCUCAGCUCCACUGACAACGAUAUCCCAGAUACUCGUCUCGCCGACCGCAAGAACACCACUUCCAUCUCCGCAAACCCUACAUCUACCUCUGGCAUUUCACCCAACAACGACGAAAUCACUCGCUUGCGACAAGACCUCAGCACAACGCAAUCCGCCCGCUCCUCUCUAGCCACCCAACUCCUCACCCUCCAAACCACCACAAGCACCCUCAGCACCUCCAACGCAACCUUAACAUCCCAGCUCACCGCCGUGCACAAACAACUUUCCUCCCUAGAGCGCAAACUCAAAGACCGCGAUGCCGAACUCAAGGAAAAGAAAAAACUGGUCGAGGAAGUGCAGGAUGAGAUAUUGGCGCUGACGGUCGAGUUGAAUGCUGUAGGAAGAGACAAGGAAAAGUUGAAGAAUGAGAAUGGAGAGUUGGUGAGGAGGUGGAUGGAGAGGAUGACGACUGAGGUUGAUAGGGCGAAUCGGGAGGGUGGGUGGGAGUGA